AUGGCCAAUUUAACCGUUAAAAGACUUAAAGAGAGAAAAGAUGCUACAAAUGUUCCAACAUUCGACUUUGAUAAUAAGAUAAUGACUAGAAAAUUAUUAAUAAAUGACAUUUGUAAUAAAUCAGACAUUAAAAAAAAAUUGUUGCUCGAGAUAUCUAAUCAAGGCGUUCCACCAUUUAAUGAAAGUUUUGAUAUCCCGCAUGUGCUCAAAGUAAUCAUUGGUUCUCGAGAAUUGCCUAUAAAUGGGACACCGCUUAAAUAUGUUGAUAUAUAUGAAAAAUGUUGGGACGAGAAUCCAGAUAAAAGGCCUAGUUGUCUUGAAAUUCUUGAGGAAAUGCGAGAAAUAUCCUAUAAAGAAGUGUAUAUUAGAGAUCAGGCACAAGAGCAAAAUUAUGUUCCUGUUCCUGAAUCUGAACAUGUUCCUUUAAGACACUUGUUAGACUUUAAAUGGUUAGAAAAAGAAGCAAAAAGAAAAAGGUUAUUCGUCAAGCGUUUCGGCUUAACUAAAGGUCGUAAUAGAAAUGGUUUUGAUUUUGCUCCAGGUAAAAAGCACAUCUUGGACGGCAAUGGAAGGCUCGAUGCAAAGAAACUAGAGCAUUUUAAACCAAUUGUUUAUCUUGCAAACAUAAACAUUGAACCGUGGGCAUUUUUAAAUAAGUUUGCAUUGUUUCCUCGUAAAGACACAACAACGGUUCCAUACGGUGUGGAUAUUAUAAGAAUUCAUAUUCCAAUCGGAGAGGUAGAAUAUGAAGGACAUCUGACCGAUGAAUUUAUUCAUGAAAUUAAAGACGCUCUUGACAUUUCAAAUAUCGUUGAAAAAAGAUCAAAAUUAAGCGAAAUCUUUAAUGAAUAUGGAAAUUAUGUUAUCACAAAAUUUACUCUUGGUGGUGCAAUUAUGAUCAAUACUCAAGAUAUUAAAGAAGAAGAAAGUUUAUUACGUUUCCAAGUAUAUCUUAAUUGGGGUAUUAGUUUCGCUAAAGGUGAAACGCAAGCUAUUUUUGAAAAUGGAACGCUUAAAGGUUUUCCUCGUUUUGAAACAUUUCCUUCAAGAUCCAUGGAAAAUGUCUCAGACUUAUAUAGGUGGUUAAAAGAUUUACACGAAUGCAAAGACGUUGAAAUAAUUAAGUUCAAGCAAUAUAUACCAUUCUAUGAAUUACUGGACAAUAAUUUAAAAGAAAAAAUCUUUGAAUGCUUCGCUUUAACUCCUAUUGAUGAACCACUCCCAAUUUUAAUUCCACAACUUCCUUCUGAAUUCAAGCAAGAAACUUUUUCGAAGUGGACGUCAUUAUCAAAUUCUUCUCUAUUACCAUAUGUUAGAGAUUGGAUUGAAGAACUCUCAUUACGGUAUGGUGUGCUCUUACAGCACUCAAAAUUGCAACACGGAAAAACUGUUGCGUUUAAAUUUUUAAAGGAGCCUGAAAUCUCCUCAAUAAACAAACUCAUUAUUUUAUUGGCUCAACCUAAAAAUCAACAAGAAGCUUAUCUAUUGGAUAACGGUAUUGACUUAGAAAUGGCAGAUGAAUUGAAUAUUAGUGAAACUCCUUUCAUCGACUUUAAUUCAUCAUUAAACCGCCCAGUAGAGGAUCUUAAAAAUUCUAAAAAAAAAUCUUCUAAAAGAGUUUUUUGUCAAAUUAUAUUUCAGGCUGCAAGACUAUCUUUCGUUUUACCAUAUGUAAAACCAUCAGAACCGUAUAUCGAAGCAGUAGACGUUGCCAUUGAUAGCUGUCAACCAUAUAAAAAUCUUUCUGAAUUAUUUAAUAAUGAUUUCGGCCACCUAUUGCCUAAAACUGUUGUUAUUGGUGGAAUAUUAAAACGAUCAUAUGAGUCAUAUAAAAUAAAUCCUAUUGAUGACAUUCUGAAAAUAGAAUUCGAUGAUAAUACGUCUCAGGAAGAAAUUGAGAAUCGUUUGGCAGAAUUGAGCAAAGAAUAUAAUAUCGAUACGUCAUUAUUCCUAAGUCGCGAUGGAAAAGUUAUUGAUCAAAACCAAAUUAUAGAUUGGUUGAAAUUUCUUAAAAAUGAUCCUGAAAAUUGGAAAAUUGUUUCACUUGAAGAUUGGGUGCCAUCAUAUAAAGUUUUAGCGUAUAAUGAUGUGGAAAUUAUUUUAGAUGACAAAUAUCACAUCGUUUUCGAAGGAGAAAUAUUCUUAACUCAGGAUAAUCAAUCAAGUAUAAUCGUUAAUUUCCCAGGUGCACUUUCUGAAAAUGAUUUUCAAAUAUAUGGUGAAAUCGUCAAAAGUGUUAAAUCUGACAUAGGCGAACGUUGGGAAACGAUUCCAGAAUAUAGGGAUAUUAAGGUCAUCUGUGGAGAAUGUGAUGUAGAGGACAUUCAAUCUGAUAUACGCGUAGUAUUGAAAACGGAUGACGAAAUCUGCACAGAUAAUGUUCUUGUGACUACAUUUGUUACAAAGCCGUUUAAAGACUUGUCUUGUUACAAAAUUGUUCUCAAAAGUUGGGCUAAAAAUACUUUUAUAUUGGGUAUCCAAAAAGGACAAGAAAAUUCUCAAUAUUUGCCAGGGCAAAUAUCAGAUGAAGAUUUAGAAGGAAGUUCAGAUGAUGCGAAAGAAGAGUCAAUUGAAAAUAAUGUCGAACCAAACCUUCAAGAAAAAAUCUCUAUCAACUUUUGUAUAAUUAAUACAGACAAAGAAGUGAAUAAAGUAUAUAAAUGGAGUAUAUAUGGAAUCAAUUUUGACGACGAAUUAAAAGAUGAAGAGAUUAAUUGCGAUGAUUUUAAUCCUAACUUUUCCCCCAUGAAAUUGGAAGAUGCAAUUGCGCAACAUCAAAAACCUAACGGAAAUACUCUUGAUGCAUGGAAAAGCUUUGUGAAAAUCCGCAACGAUACUGGUGAUCCUAGAGCCACCUAUUGGAUUGGGCAUUACCUUGAGAAUAAUAAAAAGAUUCUCGGUGCUUCCAUUCAAUUUUAUGAGGAUGUCCUUGAAGGAACGAAAGAUCUUCAACAAGCUGCAAUGAGGUAUUAUAAAGAAGCUGCUGAUUAUGGUGAUUCAAAUGGUCAACUUAGCUAUGGUCACGGUUUAUUCCUUGGAAAUGGUGUUCUUGAAGAUAAACGAGAGGCAAGAAGGUAUUUUGAGCUAUCUUCAAAAAACGGAAACAUUGAUGCCAUGUAUAAUUUAGGUGGUAUUUUAUAUACGGAUGGAAAUACUGAGCGGGGAGAAUCAUUGUUAGUGCAAGCCGCCCAAAAGGGGCACAUUCCUUCUAUAAGAUUUU